AUGACAGAAAUAGCAAAUCUUCUACAGGUUCCAUUAAAACAAGGGACAAACAAAAAGGGUGCAUAUUAUAAUAGAACUAUGAAAGUUCCAGAUGGAAUGAAAGAAUUAGUUCAUAUUGUUGCUGGUCUUCAAAAAGAUGUUAAACAAAUGAGAAACGUUUUAACAUUACCAGAAGCUCAAGCAUAUGCCAAACAUCAUGGACCAAAUUGGGAAGCACAUGAAGCAGACAUUACAGGACCAAAUGGAAAGCCUGAUGGAAUAAAAGAAGUCUUUGUUACUGAUGGUCAAGGUAAUAUUAAAGUCAUAAAUGGGUAUAAAUUAACAAUGACGGAUUAUCCUAAACGUAAAGCAUAUAAUGAACAUUAUCCUAUGCAAUUUGAUGAAAAUGGAAAAGCUGUUAAACAAUACAUUGGAAAAGGUGAAAAUGGUCCAAUGUAUUCAUACCAUCUUAUUCCAUAUUCUUAUUUCAAUGAAGAAUUAAAUGCUGUUGAAGAGGGACCGGAUGGAUUACCACGAUAUGUUAAUCAGUUUGAUGGUCAAUAUGCAAAUAUUAGACCUGAAAUUCCAGCUAAGAAAUUCUUUAAAGUUGCUUUAUUCGAUCCAGUGUUCAAUGAACAGAAAGAAGCAAUGAAAGCAGAAUUUAAACCAAUUCAAGUGGCAAGAAUUUCUUCAUCUUCAUGA